GCUCUCCCGUUGGGAGAACAUCCCCGCGAGGAAGACUUUCGUUUGACAAAGAGAGGCGACAGAAUCUGAGUUCUGGAUCUACCACCCGUGACUCUUUCUCGCGCCUCUCAUCAGAUCCGGUCUCUGCGUGAUUUCUUGAGUUUUCAGGGAUACAAAGAAGAAGUCUUAAAUGAACCUCUGGGAUUAUGGCCUCUGAGAGGGAAAGUUUUGACCUUUCAGGGCCCUUGUACCUUACUCGCGUUGACUGGAAUAAUGCACAUCAUCGGAGGUCGGUUGCUGCUUGUUUGGUUCAAGGUGUCUAUAUCUUAGAGCGGGACCGCCAGGAGAAACGUGAAGGUCCCCAGGCUCUUGCUCCUCCUUGGUGGGAAUUUUUUAACUUCCGGUUGCUGCGCAAACUCGUAGAUAAUGUCGACUUGUCUAUCUUCGGUGCCAUCUUCGAGUAUAAGCCUCCAUCAUCCUCAAGUAACCACUCAGCAGAUGGACCGCAUUUCGUGGUCGCCUUCCGAGGCACCAUAACCAAGAAAGAAUCAGUCUCUCGAGAUAUUAAGCUGGAUCUUCACUUGAUCCAGCAUGGGCUCCACUCCACAUCUCGAUUUGAGACUGCCAUGCAGGCGGUACGAAACAUGGUUGCGACCGCCGGCGAUUCUAGGGUCUGGUUAGCUGGCCACUCCCUGGGGUCUGCCAUUGCUCUGCUAGCUGGAAAGAACAUGGCCAAAACGGGAUCGUUUCUCAAGUCUUUCCUCUUCAAUCCGCCUUAUGUGUCUGCCCCGAUCGAGAAGAUCAAGAACAAGAAAGUGAAGCACGGUAUUCGCUUCGCCAACAGCGUGAUCACGGCAGGGCUCACGUUAGCCAUGAAGGCUCCGCAACUCAGGAAUCAAUCCGCCAAUUUUUUUACGGCUUUGUCCGCUUGGGUCCCUCAACUCUAUGUCAAUGCAGCCGAUAACGUCUGCUCGGAAUACAUUGGCUAUUUCGAGCACCGAAACAAUAUGCAAGAGAUCGGAGCGGGAGCUAUUGAGAAGUUAGCUACUCAGCAUUCUUUGGGAUCGCUGUUCAUGAGCGCGAUAGGGAAGCAGGCAGAGCCUUUGCACCUCAUCCCGUCCGCAAAUCUAACAAUCAAUUUAAAUCCGUCGCUGGAGUUCAAGAGGGCGCAUGGCAUUCACCAAUGGUGGAAACACGACCUGAAGCUGCAGUCCAAAGUUUACUUAUACAGUUAGUAUUGGUGGCAUUAUUGGACUAUUUCAUGUUGUGCAUGCAUUUGUAUCUGAUGGUGUGAUUGAACUUCCACUAGGCAUUGGAUAGGCGGUUGUUUGCUCUCCCUUUGCUGUGUUGUUUGUCUGCAGAUCAAUAUAAUCCGGACCUGCUGUAGAGAUGCCAGAUUGAGUUCUGUGGCACAUUCUCUUUUUGAUGUCAAAACUGGAAAGAGUAUUGCAUUCGUAUUGGGUUUCCUCUAA